UUAAUUCAAAACAUUUCAAUACUACUACGUCGAGUUGAUGACUGGAGUUUCAGUAUAAAGUCGGUCUGAUUUCGUUGAAUUUAGUUUGGUUAUGAAGCUUACAAAUCAGGAAGUCCUUCUGCUUGUUAUUCAAGUGUUUUCUAUCUUUUGUUCAGUGAAUUGUGCAAGUUUACAAGUUGUAAGGAAGACAAAUGACAAGUACACUAGCAAUGAUGAGGCCAAGCAUGGUCAUGAAGUGAGUAAAGAUGAAGGUGAGAUCGAAAAACUUGAAGACAACAUGGCUGACAAUGAAGAAGAGGAACUUCCAGAUGACCUUGAAGGUAAAGAUGAUCCUCACGAAGAAAAUGACUCAGAAGAGAAAGAAUCUCAAGAUAACAAAGCACUAAUAACUCCACAAGAAAGUCAUGAGGAAGAUGAACCUCAGCACAAAGAGAAAUCUGAUGAUAAUUUUGAUGACARUGAGCUKGAUAAGGUACAAUGUSUACAGUUAUAUGACUGGUUGAAUUCUCAAGAGUUUUACCACAUGAGCUCAGAAAUGGAAAGUCAGACAAAUAGCUGUGCACUGAAAUGCCGUCUUAUUUGCUGCAUCUUGUCUGCCCCACUUACUACACUGAGUGAACAAGCAAAAGAUCAUGAAUAUACAUUACAAAGAUAGUUACCAUAGAAAACA